AUGGUUGAAACGAGGCCGUCCGUGAAGGUAGUCACAUAUGCGCUGUCAGAUGGUGUUAUUGUCUCAACACUGCCAUCGGCGAGUGUCGUAGUGAAGAAGAAAGGUACAUCCGUGGAUGAUGAAGGUGUCGAUGUCAAUGACGAAGAUGCCGACGCCGACACUGAUGCUGCCCCCGAGCUUGAUGCCGCUGCUGAUGCCGAUGACGGGUCGGAGUUUGAGGCUGAAGCUGAGCUCGAAGUGAUUGUGAGCGUUCCGUCUCCCGACACGCUCGGAGUAUCGGUGACGGAAGUGGCAGCUUCAGUCACCGUGCCAUUAGCGCUAGCUCCGGAAGAGACUACCGUUGUGCCGGCAGCAACAAGUGAGGUAGCAGUGAACCCUGGGGUGUUCUGUCCGGAUGUAAAUGAAGCAGCAGUAGUAGUUGCAGAUGGAGCAGAAGUGGUAGUUGCAGACCCCUGUAAAGACGGGCUAGCGAAUGAAGCUGAAGAGUCUGUGGAACUUGCGCUGGAGGUGCCGGACGCACCAGAAGCCGACGCAGUACCGGAUGUCACCACACUCGUUGCACCAUCGGCGCUAGAAGCGACCGAAGUGGAUGCGGUGGAAGGUGUUGAAACAUUCGUUGCGCUGGGGCUGGAAGACGUGGAUCCUGAUAGCGCGCUGGUGGCAAUAGUUGUCGUAGUCAGUGACGGCAAGGCGGAACUUAGUAGCGAGCUCGUGGAGAUCGUCGGUGUGGUUAGCGACAGGGAAGUAGAGGUCGGCAGCGCGCUAGUUAGAAUCGUCGUUGUGGCCAGCGACGGCGACGUGGAGGUUGGCAGCGCGCCGGUGGAUAUCGUCGUCGUAGUUACGGAUGGGGACGAAGAUGUUAGUAGCGCGCUAGAGGAGACCGUCGACGUAGCUAGCGCCGGUGACGGUACUGUACUCGAUACGCCCGGGGUGAAUGUCGAGGAGGAUGGCGUUGCACUGCUUAGUGAACUUGUGGUCGCAACGGAUGCAGACGAUGAGACAUCGGCAGCGCUCAAGCUGUUUGCUGUAGUGGAGCUCUUCGAUGCUCUGUGGAACCUGGUGGACGCUCGUGGUGUCGUUGUUGAGAGGUAG